GUUAACAGUGUGACACCCAGCGGAAGUAAACAACACAAAGCGCUAGUAGCUGCAUGGACGUGUCGAGUUAGCUGGAAGGUUAUAUUGUAUUUGUAGCGCAGAUAAUCAUUUAAUUUGUGAUUAAACAACAAUGUCUUCAGUUGAGUAUCUGAGAGAGUUUGUUAAUGAGCGACUAACUGUUGCUGCUGAAGAAAUAUUUGGUGUUUUUGAGAAAACUAUCGUCGAGUAUGAAGAAGAGAUCGACCGACAGAGAAGACUGUUAGAUAUCGUUUGGAAACCUGCAAUAAAGUUACACAGGAUAGAGCUCCCACAGCAACAUGUCUGUAAGGAGGAGGAGGAUCUCACUGACCAGCAGCUCUGUAUUCAGGAGAGGAACUCCAGCCUGGACCAAGAGGACCCAGAGCCUCUACAGAUUAAAGAGGAACAGGAGGAAUUCUGCACCAGUCAGGAGGGAGAGCAGCUUGAAGUGAAGCAGGAGGAGACUGAGACCUUUAUGUUGACUCCUACUUAUGAGGAAAGUGACCACAGUGACCCAGAACCAAACAGUGACCACCAGCUCCUCUCUCACAACUCUCAAGAAGCUGAGAGCCAAGAUCAGAAAGGAGGCAAUCAUGGCGACACAGAGUCAACUACAAAUGUAGAGCCAAAGAAAAGACAUCACAAAAGCAAAAGUCACAGUAACAAUGUAAACAACUCCAACCUGUUAAAGUUUCACCGGAAUACACAGGCAGGUAAAGCGUUUUUCCAAUGUGACACAUGUGGGAAAGCUUUCAAGUUUAGGUCUUAUUUGUAUAUACACCUGAGAACUCACUCAGGUGAGAAGCCACAUUCUUGCAGCUUCUGUGCGAAAAGAUUCAGUCAGAUAUCAACAUUGAAGGCUCAUAUCAGAAUCCACACAAGUGAGAAACCAUACACUUGCAAAACAUGUGGAAAAGAUUUUCGAUACAGUGGUCACCUGAUGGUCCACAUGAGAACCCACACAGGUGAGAAGCCAUAUUCUUGCGAAACAUGUGGAAAGGAUUUUCGAUAUAAUAGUCACUUGAUAAACCACAUGAGAACACACACAGGUGAGAAGCCGUUUGCAUGCGAAACAUGUGGGAAAGCGUUCGCACUUAGUGGCCACUUGAUAGGCCACAUGAGAACACACACAGGUGAGAAGCCGUUUACAUGCAAAACAUGUGGAAAGGAAUUUGGACGUAAUCGUGGCUUGUUGUCCCACAUUAGAAGAGCCCACACUGGGGAGAAGCCGUACCUUUGCAAGAUUUGCGGGAAAGAAUACUUUGAAAUGUCUCAAUUGGCAAGACAUGUAAGACUGCAUACAGACAAGUAGCCUUGUAUUUGCAAAAUAUGCGAGAGACAAUUCAAUUCUUGUGGUUCAUGGUGAAAACACAAGAACUGACGGAAGUGAAGAACUACAUAAAUGCAGCAGGAAAAGUUUUACUCAAAUCAAGGACUUGAAAAAACACCUGAGAAUCAAUAUACACGGGAGAAACCAUCGAGCUGAAACUGCUGUGGAGACGUGUUCACUAACUGAAUGAAAUACACUUUUGCAAUCACUACAUCUCUGUAAUUGAAUGUCUACAAUUCCCCAUUGAGAUGAGAUCACAAUAUUUUAUUGAAAUGAAGUAGUACAUUUUUAACAAUUCAUCAAGUUUUGUUGAACUAACCUCUGUUUUUUUUCCUUGAUAUUACUGUAUUACUCACAGUAUUCCAUAAUCUCACACAUUUUUGAAAAAUAAUUUUUGCUCAGUGAGUUCCUAGUUCCCAGUAUAAUACAAUGAUAAGUGCCCACAGAAGGGUGGGCAAUAACAUGCUGAUCUCAUGUUUGUAUUCUAACAAUAAAGCUUAGUAAGGUGAUGAUGUAAGAAUACAAGAUUCACACUGAAGUCUAAAGCUAUAAGCAAAAUGUAUUCAUCAAGGCAGCAGAUGGAAAUGACACUCUGUGAUUCAAAAUUGUUUUCAGAUAUCCCAAAGGUGAAAUAUUUGGGUUAUUUAGGAAUCCAGAUAUAGCCUUCAGUUAAUCAAAUCACUAAAAACAAUUUCACUUCUAUUUUCACGAUUCUCAGUCAUUAAAAUGAAUGGUCUUUCCUGCAUAAACUUUUAUAGCUCUAUAAUCCACCCGUCACCACCAGCGGGGUGUUGGGAUAGGUUGCAUUCAUUACUCUCUAAAUUUAGUUGGAAAGGCAAACGCCCUUGUAUUAACUUCUUUACCUCACAACAAGACAGACAAUCCCCAAAUUGCAUGCUCUGCCAUCGGGGAGUUUCUGGUUCAUUUUUGCAUAUGGUAUGGGAUUGCUCAGAUGUUUUUAGAUUUGGAAAUGUGUCUCUUCAUAUCUGUCAGAGAUUAUAGAAUGCUCUGUACCAUGCUCUCCAUUGGUUUUAUUGUUGAAUGAUGAUUGUAUGUUGAAAUUUAGUUCCAACAACGAUCGAGUACGGCUGGCUGGCCUUACAGCAGCCAAAAAAAAAUAAUCGCUCUACGUUGGCAGGCUCCAUAGUCUUUGCAGAGGCAACAGUGGUUACUUACUUUUCUAGAUAUUCUUUACAGUCUGUCACAAGAACUCAUGGUGCAAAACAAAAUACUGUAAAUGUUUUAGUAAAUGCUGUUGAAAGUAUAAAGGCGCUAAUGUAAGUAAUACGUAAACCCUGGCAGAGAUGUGUCAUGGGUGGUUGACUGUGUUCUUGGUUUGGUCAUGGUAUCGGUCAUUGUGUGGAUGAUUUGCAAUGGUGCUGCCUUGGUGGAGUUAGUGUGUUGUAUGGUACCACUUCUGCACGUGAUUGGUUGUUAUGAGGUAUUCCAGUAUGGAUCAGAACCACAUCGUAUGGUAUGGUGUUUCCAACAUUUCUUUUUUGCUCCCUACUAUUACCGUAUAGCAGUUUUGUAUACAUGUACAUGUAUGUGCUAUGAUACCUCUUUGUAGGGAAUGGUUGGUGUAGUCCUGUGGGGCGGCAGGGAUAUGUUGGGAUAUGUCCCGUGAAGUUGUUUCUAUCUGUAUGUAUGUAUUAUGUAAUCAAUAAAAAUCUGAUCACAAAAAAAUCAAGGCAGCAGAUGGUUGCGACUGACAUAAAAAGUAAAAGCAGUUAAAGUGAAGAAUAGUUCUUUUCAGAGUGUUAAGUUAUAGCAUGCAAGAGGUGUUUUAAUGUUGCAGCUCACAGACUGGAGGUUAAAUUGUUAAAGUAUGAUUUAAUACCGUUUGGUAGUUUGAUCAGUGGCGCUGCUUCAAACUGAACAAGGGGAAUUUAACUACAUCUACUCAAGUACAUUAAUUGUCCUCAGAUGGCCAAGAUUGCAUGUAAACUCCACACCGAUGUGAAAUCUUCCAAUAAAAAAAGAUCAGUUUUGAGGUA